AUGCAGAAGGGCGACAAGCGAAAAAUAUUAAGUUAUGCUCAAAAUCGAAAAGGCCCUAAUAAAGUUGGAUUUUUAGGGUUGAUUCAACCCUUAUUAGACGGUGUUGAAACUAAUCGUAGUCCUUUUGAUUUUGCUGAAGGGGAAAUAGGCGAACAGCCUCUUCCUCCCGUCGAAGCCGAACAACCAGGUGUGCCCGAACCAGACGAAGGCAAGGCGUUGAAUCGAGGCAUGGUAAUCAAGAUUGCCGCUAUUGAGGUUUCGGAAGCUGUUCGAAAACAACAGAAACAGAAACUGUCCCAGGCGAAGUUCUCCCCUCAAAAAAUGGAUCUUCACGAGGCAGCUUUAGCUCGGCUCAAAACGGAGGCGACUUCUCACUGGCAAACGGUCUUCAUCAUGAAACUGUGCACACAAAAAAAACGAAGAGAAAAUGCCGAAAGUGAGUAAGGACAGGUGCGCCUAAGAAGCCUUUUUGGGCCCUCUUGAUUUUUGAAAGAAAUUGAUUAAGUUUUCUAUCCAGUUUUGUAGAU